AUGGCGGAUGCCUCACUUCCUGUCUUGCUCUGUGCAGGUCACUCGGAGAACCAGCGGCAGGUGAAGAACCCACGGAUUGUCCCCACCUUCGUCCCAACCGUCACCAACGUCACGGUCAGUCAGGGCGACCUCGCCACCCUCCCCUGCUCCGUCAAGAACCUGGGAACGAGACAGGUUUCGUGGCGAAGAAUGGGAUCGGACUUUUUCUUGACCAUCGGACAGGACACGUGGGUGCAGGACCCGAACCUGAUCCUUGAGUACGCCGAAUGGCCGGGCUCUGUGGCCGACUGGAACUUGGUCUUCAAGGAGGCAAGACUGGAGGACACGGGGACCUACGAGUGUCAGGUCAUUCACACGGAACGGAUUACCUGGCGCGUGCGGCUUAAUGUCAUACCAAAACCUGUAUAUAGGCCAGCUAUAGCUCUGGAAGGCAAGGAAUACGUGGAGUCCGGGGAGUCAGUGUAUCUGCUGUGCAACACCACAGAAGGUUCUCGCGUCCCCGAUGACGUCGACUGGUUCAAGGACGGGGACAAGAUCGACAAGCAGAAGUACCCGCACGUGGUCAUCACCAAGUUCCGGUCCAAGGAAGGCCGUUCGCUCAUCUCGGAGCUGAUCAUCGAGCGGGGCCGCAACACCGACUCCGGCACCUACAUCUGCAGAAGCUCCCUGCAGCAGAUCGCCAGCCUGGAGGUGACGGUGCUUGUGGCGGACACAUCGAAUGUGAAGCGAGAACAAGGAUCCGGCAUCUCGCAGACCACCAGAUCACCCAUGCGCGGCGAGAACCGGGCCGUGACCUUCACCUUUCUCCUUGGCAACGCCUUGACAGUGACACUCCUUGUGGCCUUCAUCUCCAUAGUUACUUUUAACAUCGUUACCACGUGACGUCCAACGUGACGGCGUUCGUUCGUGCUGGUGAUAAAAAUGCUGUUGCGUUGCUGGAACCCGUUUGACAGGAAGUGCCCAAUCGUCCUAAACACAGCUCAAUGGGGGAAUCAACCCACACCUGUAAAAAUUUUCAGAAGAAGAUCUUGAGAAGAUCAUGACCUGCGAAUUUCUUCUUUUUUCCGCAAAGAGUAUACAUGCCGUAGGUGAACCAAUCUUUAUUUCUUUGUGCAUCCUUCUUAGCACAAUUGUCUGUCUGUCUUUCGUUUUAUUCACUUUCUUUAGUUUGUUCUUUCUUAUGAUAGCUUCCACAAAAGCUUCUUUCCUCCAGAGAUUGUGGAAUACUGUGGCCAUCAUUAUGUUAUCCGUAAACUGACGAUAAGAUGCACAGAUGUCUCGGAGAAAGAAAGUCUGCUAGAAAUGGAAUACGACAGAGAGCAGCAGCAUCAACAGAGUUCAUCCCUGAUAAGUAGCCCACCACUGAUAGGUACCUCAAACUGGAUGACAAAAGAAUGGAGUUAUGAAUAAGUGACUUGAUUGUUGUUUCUUUUUUCUCUAUCUCCUGUUCUUUCUUUUAUUCUCUAGACUUCUUUCUCUUCAUCCUUGUUGUCACGUUCACCAAUUAUUGAAUUGUAUUUCUAUGACCCUUAUCGAAAUACUAUAAGAGGUCGUAAAUCAGCAUACACCAACUUCAGGUGGAAGUGUUGAUAUUACCGCUAUAAAUAUGACUAUACAUAAAAGGAGAUAAACAGCCGGCAUGUUACACUAAAAUCACAGAUGUUCUGGACAAAAGUGAGAACAGCUCAAAUUUUCUUACGAACAAAAUGAAACCGAAGAAUCAUGUUUUAUUUUCACGACAUGUGGGAGACUCAAAAGUUUGUGAGGCUUUCAUCGAAUCCAGCCAUGCCAUAUCUAAUUCACGCACAGACAACAAAGCACUCGUCAACAUGUCGUCAUCAUCACGUGAGAAUCAGUGAACUCUAAACACAGAUGAAGGUAAACAGAUUGGACACAUGUGACGGAUUUGACAGUUCCAGUUGAAGGACCAAUCGGAGGCAGGCAAGACUACUCGCCGUGGAAUGAACGCAGGUACCGACGGUAAAACAAAUAAAUAACAAACAAUGUUACCAUGGACACCAGCGACACACAGAGUCUGGAGUAAGAGUGUGGUGGAAUGUAACGGUCAUGGAUGAGUUCAGAAACAGAAAAUGUACUUAAUGGGUCGUAACCACGGCAACAAUUAUUAAGCAGAAAUACCUUGCCCCAGUCUUAGCUAAGAACAAGAAAAGUUGCAGUGUCACGUGAUCAGAAUCAGGCGCUUACGAAGGAGAUCGGCUGAUUUACAUAUCCCCCCGUGUUGUGGACGGUCCACAGGUAACAGAGGGCGUGUUACUGCUGUGGGCACUGAGGAGAGAGAAAGCAAUCCCGGGUGUAUGGAUGUUCCUCUGGUUCACCACUACGUCCCCAGAUCGUGGAGGUAAGAAACUCGUUACUCCAGGAUUCUGAAGAUGUCAGACUGAAGGUGUUUCACACGACACAGCUGAAGUUUCAGAAACAAUUGUGGACGCGCAUAAUAUGCACAUGUCUAGAUUCUUCUAGAAGAAACACCCGGAAAUCGGCAUCUGUAGAUGACUCGUUGUGGAAAACGUGGAACAAUUUCGGUGAUAUAAAUUUUGUGAAUGAUGAAGAAUAACUCUUUUUAAAGCGGAAGAAGCUUUGCCAUCUGUGUGGUGUUCACUCCCUUUCCCAAGUCCUCCCUCCCCAUCUCCCAUUCACUUCCUCUGAUUCCAGUGCAAGUAGCUAGUUUUAAAAAAAUGCUUUAGUGGAAAUGUUCUUAGCUAUCAUGUUGACAAUGUGUUUAUUUAAACUAUUUUUGAUGACUGAUUGACAUUUGUUAGGCUGCCGUGUCAUCCGCUGCACGGAUCAGACUCUCACCCAUCGCGUGGCGUCAGACAUCGACUUUGUUCUCUCAGGGCUGUUUAGAAUUUCCCGAAGUUUGUUUUAGCGAGGGUUUCCCUUUACUUUGUGAGUAUUUUUGUCUUGUUCUUCACAUUUUCAGUUUUGUUAUUGCUUUUAGAACGAUGUUUAAAAUAUUUCUUGAGAUGGAUACUGAAAACAUCAGACGAUGUUUACUUUUGCUUAUACACUGUUGUUCAUUCGUCUCAUGUUUCAUCAUGUAACAGUCAUAUUAAUGUAUUGGGGUGCUACUGUUCUGCUGGUUGUUUAACAAACUUUAGAACGAUAAUUGACGCUUUCUAGAUGUUUUUACUUGGCCUCUUUCGUGUCACAAAUUAUAGACAGUAGAACAUUUGCGGACAUCCGCUAUUUAAGUGGUGGCAAAGAUCUUGUCUUCAUUGAAGAUAGAGUCUGGCUUUCGAAGGUGACAGAAGGAAUAUAAAGAAAAAUUGACCAAUUUUUAGGAUUAUUGCUUGUAUUUGUUACUGUUAACAAACAUCAGUGAAAAUUAGGGAUGCUGGCACUGAAACCAAGCACCUGUUCCCAUCGCCAGGACUAUUUUUUUCCUGAGCUAGACCUUAAGUAUGAGAUAAAAAUGCACGUCCCCAGCACUACACGGCCCUGCUGGUGAAGCACUUGGGAAUCUGUAUGUACAAGCAGGUGUGAAUAAACAGGCGACUAGUUUUGCAUUAGCCAUAGACAAGAUGCUCUUUUCUUCUGUGUAGGCAUUAAAGAGUAGAUAGAGGUUUAAAAUUAACUCUAGUAAAGCUCUUGAUUUACUUCUAUUUCUCCCCACCCAAAUCAUCCGAGGGAUUAAUAUCGUUCGAAGUCCCUUUCGUGUCGACAAUCAGGUAAAUUUUUAUUUUUUGUUAUUGGUGGUUAGAAUCUACAAAGUAUUGGUUAAGAUUUUAAUGCGACUUUGUGUCACAGAAUCAUUGUAAUCAAUAGACAACUACGCCCACAACGAUAUUCAGGGAACCUCGAAUGUUGUGACAUGAACGACUUGGUCCGAGUACGGCCGGUACCAGUUCAGGGAAUGAUGAUGCAGAUGCUGAUGAUGAUGAUGGCCGGUGCCAGUUCAAGGAAAUUAUUAUUAUUAUUAUUAUUCGUGUAAGGAGUAAAUAAGUGAACGAAACACAAAAGGCAAGCCGAAGUAGCACCCAACAAGUCAGUAGAUGAUCGGGGAAAAUAGGUCAUCUUCAACAUCCAUGUUUUUUUUUUCUUUAAUGUCUCCGAUUGGCUUAUCAUUGAAUGCAUCAUUUUCAUUGACUAUGUUAAUAUUAUUCAGCAUCGUCUGUUUCUUAGACGGCAGACAAACCAUUUCUGUUUAAAGUGUCUCCUUCGCCAAGAAAACGUACAGUUUCUGAAGAUCUAAUCCAAUCAUAAGCAUAACAUAAUUUACUUACUAAAGAAAGAAGAAAUAUGUAUCGAGAAAUAAUUCCUGAUAGCACCUCUCCGAGGGGCGGAACUUCAUCUCGGUAUGAACGAACUCGCACACCAGCUUUGGUCACCAUUUGCCUUUACAAUGAGUCUGGCCACCGACGAGGGGCGUAACAUCAUGUCCGUUAUGCUUUGUGUUACCAGUCUGAAUCUUUAUAUAUGUUCCUUACAGACAUGCAUCCUUCGUCACUAUCAUAAUCAUACAUUAUUGUAAGGACACGACUCCCAAUUGGGCUUGCAUCACCAUGCAUGCAUUUUAUGAAUAAAUGUGUAGGGUUGGAGUGGAUGUGAGACAGACAGGGUGUAUGCAUGUGUAUGCGUGUGCGCGAGUGUUCUCAUGCACAAACACAUGUGUGAUCAAGUCCAAUCAUGCUCUUCAUUCCCAGCGUAGAAGGUCGCGACCCCGACAGGUGUAAACAUUUUAGCACUGAAUGACUUUAUGACCGAGUGAUUAGAAUGCCUUCGGUACAGUUUCCGCUCGCCCGUCUCAGCGUUGUCUGUAGGUGUAUAUAUUUUUUACCUGUAAUCUAUUUUACGUACGUACGUUGUAAAGGGUCGUUAUUUAAGUCAAUCAUCAUACAGAUUGUCUCUGUUUUGAAGCUAUUGUUAGGCUCAUAACUAUAACAAAGAAGACAUUUUGAAAAGGUCAUUCAAAAUAAAAGUAUCUCUUUGUUAAAA